AUGGAGGGUACCGGUUACAAUGCUUUUGAACACGAUUACCCUCCAUACACAGAUCUAACUAUAGAACACGAUUACCCUCCAUACACAGAUCUAACUAUAGAACACGAUUACCCUCCAUACACAGAUCUAACUAUAGAACACGAUUACCCUCCAUACACAGAUCUAACUAUAGAACACGAUUACCCUCCAUACACAGAUCUAACUAUAGAACACGAUUACCCUCCAUACACAGAUCUAACUAUAGAACACGAUUACCCUCCAUACACAGAUCUAACUAUAGAACACGAUUACCCUCCAUACACAGAUCUAACUAUAGAACACGAUUACCCUCCAUACACAGAUCUAACUAUAGAACACGAUUACCCUCCAUACACAGAUCUAACUGUAGAACACGAUUACCCUCCAUACACAGAUCUAACUGUAGAACACGAUUACCCUCCAUACACAGAUCUAACUAUAGAACACGAUUACCCUCCAUACACAGAUCUAACUAUAGAACACGAUUACCCUCCAUACACAGAUCUAACUAUAGAACACGAUUACCCUCCAUACACAGAUCUAACUAUAGAACACGAUUACCCUCCAUACACAGAUCUAACUAUAGAACACGAUUACCCUCCAUACACAGAUCUAACUAUAGAACGCCCGUCGGUGUGUUGUCACUUUGCCUAUAUCGGUGUAAUGGAUAAAAGUGUAUUAAUUUCCACAUCAAAUAGUUUAAUGUAG